AUGCAUAAGUAUUUUGAAGGAGAUGCCUUGGAUAAACCUUGUGAGGUGAAUAAAAUUUCUUGUACUGAAAAGUUAAGUGGUCAUGCAGUUCAAAACUGGGUGUUUUUGCGUUUGUUUCCCCUUUUUAUAGGAAUUUACAUUACAGAUUUUGAAGAUCCUGUGUGGUUAUUGUAUUUAAAACUGAAAGAAAUUGUGGAGAUUAUAUGUUCACCCAAAAUUGACAUUCAACAUAUUGCUUAUCUGCAGGUUUCAAUAAAUGGUUAUUUGUCUUCUCGUAAAGAAUUAUUUCCUUCCAAGAAACUAUUACCAAAACAUCAUUAUUUGUCCCACUAUCCACAGCUAAUUUUGCGUUACGGACCUCUAAUGCGGGUUUUCACUUUGAGGUUUGAACAAAAGCAUUCUUACUUUAAAAAGUGUGCCAGAAAUUUUAACAAUUACAAGCAUGUAUGUAAAACCUUAACUGAGACACAUCAAUUGUUGCAAUCAUACAAUAAUUCAAGCAUACCGAGUUCAAAAAAUUAUGCGGUCAAUUCAUUUUUAUUCAAUAUCACAAAUUUUAGUUCUACAAUUUUUGAGGCAAUUAUAUCUACAUGCGGACAACUGCCGGAUACAUUUUCUACCCAUAUUGUCUAUCAAGGUACCCAUUACAAAAAAGAUUUGUUCUUGAUUAUUGACUUUACGAAGGAUCAUGAACUUCCUAUUUUUGCAAGAAUUUUGUUUAUUUUUUUUGAUACACAUGGAAUUGAAUAUGUUCUUGUUAAUGAGCAGAACACACAAUUGGUGCAUGAGCUUGGUAUGUAUGAGAUAAUGGAGGUUAUUAAAAGUAAUAUUUUAAGAACAUUGCCAAAUAUUGAAAUAUGUGUUUUGAACCAGGUUGUGAAUUAUUUAUGGGAAAUAGGUGUUGAAAAUGAAGCAGAUCUCUACUUGGUGAAAAUUGAUGAUUUGGUUUUGCUAAAACCCAUCCAACAACGCAAAAUCCUUGAAUCUUGGGCAAAGGAAAGCUCUGAACAAUCUCAAAAUCCUGUAGAUUUUAUUGUUGCCACACAAUGCAGCAUGCAAAUGAUGCCCACAGUUGAACUGAAAAAUAACUCAACUAAAUCGAAAAUGAAGGUUAAGCAUGUAAGUGCGGCUGAUUGGUAUUUGGCAUUUGUUUUACCUUGGGAAAAAAUGUCUAAAGAGGUACAAGAUAUAUUAGCAGCUGGAGAAAGACCUUCAACAGCAAAUCGGUGUACAAUCAUAAGGACUAUUAUGAAUGAUAUCCUUGCUGUUUGCUCAAAGCCGUUGAAAAAACAUUUAGAUGUAAUUGCAUCUUCUAUGGUUGCCAAAUAUCCUCAAUCAUUUAAAGAUGAAUAUGGUAUUACAGUAAUUGGUAGCGGUCAUGACAGUUUAACGUUACAACUAGUAAACCGUUAUGACUAUCUUCAGCGGCCAAACCGUGCGCCACCGUUACUAAAUGUUUUCAAUUUGGAAACCCAAAAUGAACAAUUGCCAGUUGAUGUCAUAAAAAGAAAAACUGAUAGUUAUGGUUGCUUGAACCGAGCACCAGUUCUCAGUGUUUCAAUCAGCCCUGAUGAACUUGAUUAUUAUCUCCAACGAACUGAAAUAAAUGAAAAGAUGCUAUUGAAUGAUUUGUUGAUAAAAUUCCCCAAUUUAUUUACAGUUGAAGGUUUGCUACAUCAUUUUGAUGUUUUGAUGGGUGGAGUUAAUGCUGGUGAACUUCUGACAAAAGCUCUAGAUGAUGAAAAGUUAUAUUUAUUUUUGCGUAGUUGCGGAAUAACAGACCUUGGAGUGAAGAAGGUGAUAUUAGAUUUAGAUAAAGCAAAGCACGAAACUUUGUCAGAUUUACCUGUGGCUCCUGGUCUUGUAUUGGCUUUGAUUACUUUAUUUAAUGAAAAAUUUGACACACUUUUUAUGUUUGUGGAUGAGACAGUGGAUCAAACAGAAUUGGCACCAGGACCAAACUUUCCACAUCUACGUGUUUAUGGAAAUUCGCUAUUUACAGCAAAUCGAUUCAUGCUGGUAAUAGAUUGCAUUGUUGUGGUUGAUGGGAUGACCAAUUUUAUCAAUUCAUUUUGUUGUUUGUUUGCUAGUUUUUAUAUUUUCAAUAUACCAUAUCCAAAAGAAGCUUCUUCAAUAUUAGAAUUUUGUCAACGUGCAUUUUUUGGCAUCAAUCCGGAAAAGGGUAGCAAAUCAAGGCGAACGAAGAAAACUUCAUCAAUAAGCAAAAUUGUGCUGUCGAUACUGCAGAAGUUUGCGAAAUUUAAUGUUUGAAUUUACCAUGUUAAAAUCCUUCAUCUAACUUUGAAACAACAAUUUAUUAUGUAGUUAUUUAUAUUUGUUUGUAAAUUUUCAAAGGUUUUACAAUAAUAUCUUGUUUUAUUUUUUAA